AUGUGUUCCGUCGGGAACGAGGAAGCCACUGAGUUGUUCAGUUUCCUUUACAGCUGUUCCAUAUACAAACCCGAGAUCACUGUUCAGCCUCGAAGUGUUGCAAAAACAGAGGGAGAUAACGUGACGUUAUCUUGUAAUGCUACUGCAAAUCCAGUACCAACAAUAUCAUGGGUCAGAGAUGGAUCUCCUGUAGAUUCUUCUAGGAUCAGUUUUUCAGAAGACAACAAGCAGUUGACAAUAACGGAUGUAAACAGGACAGACAGCGGAGAAUACCGAUGUGUGGCGAGCAACGAACUUGGAAAUGAUACCUCCAAUGCUGCUACACUGGAUAUUCAAUUUGCACCUGAGAUCUCUAAGAAUCCUGAAGGCCUCACCAUAGUGGAAGGACAAAAUGUCGUUUUUAGCUGUGUAGUUGAAGGAAACCCGUCACCUAACGUAUCAUGGACAAAGAAUGGACAAGGAUUGAACGUCGCAGCAAAUUCACGACUGGCUGCCUCUCGCACGAACAAUAAUCAUAAUUUGACAAUUACAGAUGUUCACCGAUCAGACGCAGGUCAAUACAGAUGUGUGGCCAUCAACAGUGUCGACACUUCCACUUCAUCUGCCGCCAAACUGGAGGUUUACUUUGCACCUGAGAUCUCUAAGAAUCCUGAAGGCCUCACCAUAGUGGAAGGACAAAAUGUCGUUUUUAGCUGUGUAGUUGAAGGAAACCCGUCACCUAACGUAUCAUGGACAAAGAAUGGACAAGGAUUGAACGUCGCAGCAAAUUCACGACUGGCUGCCUCUCGCACGAACAAUAAUCAUAAUUUGACAAUUACAGAUGUUCACCGAUCAGACGCAGGUCAAUACAGAUGUGUGGCCAUCAACAGUGUCGACACUUCCACUUCAUCUGCCGCCAAACUGGAGGUUUACUGUGGAACAGUGAUAGCUAUAAAUUCUAGUGUGGAGAUUAAUGACUCACGAGUGGAUAUUCCAUUUUUUAAUCAAAGUCAAGUACAGCUGGCAAUUAAUGCAACUACACCACAAGAUGCUGGAAACUAUACCUGUCUCGUUAUUAAUGAUGUUGGUAAUUCAUCAGAUACAACAUCACUUGUUAUUCAAGUGGAACCAAACCGACCAUUGAAUGUGUCAGUUGACUCCAAGAGCUCACAAGUAGUGAAUAUUUCCUGGAUUGCUGGUUUUGAUGGGAACAGUGCAAUUCAGAACUACACAGUGAAGAGAAGUCUAGAUAAUGUAGACUUUGUUGAUGCUGUCUGUCAAGGAUCCCUGUCAGAUAGUUCCUGUGUGGUGUCCAGUGCAAGUGCUUCUGUUGGAAACCUCUCACCUUGGACAUUAUAUUACUUUAAAGUGUUUGCAAGAAACAUGGUUGGCACUAGUGAUGGGAGCCCUGUAGUGAAUGCUACCACAGAUGAAGAAGAGCCUGGUGCUGCACCUAAAAAUGUGACAGGACAGAACAGCAGCUCAACCAGCAUCGUAGUCAUGUGGGAUGAAGUUCCAGCUGAUCAACAGAAUGGUAUCAUCACGAGUUACACCAUUACUUACAAGUCACACACAGAGAAUGAUAAUGGAAGUGUUCAAGUAAAUGCCUCUGUUCAUCAGACAGAAUUGACAAAUCUAAAGGAGUAUGUCAACUACAAUAUCACAGUGUUUGCAUCUACUGUGAAAGGAGAUGGACCAGCCAGUGAUCCAAUUGUUGUAAGAACAGACCAGGAUAUGGAACCAAACCGACCAUUGAAUGUGUCAGUUGACUCCAAGAGCUCACUAGUAGUGAAUAUUUCCUGGAUUGCUGGUUUUGAUGGGAACAGUGCAAUUCAGAACUACACAGUGAAGAGAAGUCUAGAUAAUGCAGACUUUGUUGAUGCUGUCUGUCAAGGAUCCCUCUCAGAUAGUUCCUGUGUGGUGUCCAGUGCAAGUGCUUCUGUUGGAGACCUCUCACCUUGGACACUAUAUUACUUUAAAGUGUUUGCAAGAAAUAUGGUUGGCACUAGUGAUGGGAGCCCUGUAGUGAAUGCUACCACAAAUGAAGAAGCUAAUGACGUGGAAAUGAAUCCUGGGUCUUGUUAUCGUGUACAUUCGUCUAAAACUGUCAGUGCUGACUAUCAUAAAGGUGACGUUUCUCUGUUUGGAAUGAGUGUUGGUCAACAAUGUGUAGCAAUGUGUUUGAUUGCACGCACGAUUUAUCUCUCUGUGGAAGCGCACGAUUUAUCGCUGUGUGGAGGUGAAAUGCAGUCUGGGAGCUGGUAA